GGGGGUCAAAGGUUAUCGUCCAUCAAAAGCCACAUUCUUGAGUGUCAUAAAGUGUUGCAUUUUUCUCUGACGGAGUGCUGGUCAUCAUGACAAAACCAGAAAAACUGUGUUAAGACACAGGAGGCAAGACACUGAAGAACAUGGUAACCUCACUCAGACAGAGCCCAGCCGGCUUGCUGUGAGGCGACAGUGUUAACCACUGCACUGCUGUACAGGCUCAUUAACAGAUAUUAAAGGAGACAAAGACUAAUCAAAUAUUCAUAUUCAUGCACAGAAGAGCAGGCUUUUGAAUGCAAGGUUGUCAGUUCCAUCAGCAGAGCAGCAGUUUAGAUAAAGGUAAAUGUACAACCUCAGCUGCAGUGUUAUCACUUAAAAGGAGCUGAUCUGCUUUUUCAUAAUCUCAGGCCCACUUACUGGCAGCUUUUUAAACCGUCAUCCAUGUCACACGGCUUUCAGAGGAACUGGUGUUGCGUAAUGCAACUGUGUGACAACGUGAACACACUUUUGCAUUUACAACCAUUUGUCCACAGCAUAUGUUUGUGUUGUAUAAGCACACCUUAUCUCUUGUUUAGAAUAAUUUUGUAUUUUUCUUAGUUUUGGAGCUCAAAGUAGUAAUAGCAUGACUAUUCCAGCUGGUAAUUUCUGAAUAGGCUGUCUCUUUGCUCUGUUGCACAGUUCAGGUUUGGCGAACUUUUGUACAACCUAAACACGCUGCACCAGUUGUUGACUUUCUUAUAAUUCUACGAGGCAUAAGGGUUCUUCCACUGUGGAUCUGAUAAGACCCAAAGAGUUCUCUUGCACAAUCUUAUGUACACGUUCCUUGAGACUGCAACUCUGCGGAUUUAGCUUUAUUGACAUUUCUAAUGAUCAUAGAGAUCAAGAUCCUAAAAAGAUCAAAUCAAAAUAAAAAGAUUAACAUAGUAGUUAAAGUUUAAUGCACAGUACAGUAUGUUUUCAUAUGGAAAAACACAGAGGCAACAACCCUAUACAGUGUUCCUGAAUCUGAACUUCAAGUUACUGAACCAGUUCUCAGUUGUGGCGUGGCCAAAUCUUGAUGAGGCCUGCUUUAUGCAUUCUUUUUUUAGUUUCAUAACAUACAUUGUAUACAUACAUACAUUAUUUAUUGGUCUUUCUAUGAAAUCAAAAGUACUCAAUAUUCUGCAUUUUUUCCCCUCUCUCGGUUAUUUGUCUCUCCUUUUAUCCCACUAACGUUUUAUUUUGAAACUCGGACAGGAAGCGCUAUUGUUUAUUUCGGUGAACAUGACACAGCAAGCGAGAGAUCGCGAGAUUUGUAACAGCCGUACAGUCUCACGCUUCCGGAAAGUUUGAAUGUUUUUCCUUGUGCUUACUGCCAGAAGAACUGAAGAAGAGUUUUUGUUCUGACAACAUGAAGUCCACAUGGCUGCCAUCCUCUCUGCUCCUCCUCCUUCUGCUCUUGGAAGUGAGCUGCGAGUCUCUUCAAGAAAGAAGUAAGCCCAAUUUUGUCCUGAUGAUGGUGGAUGACUUAGGAAUAGGAGACCUGGGUUGCUAUGGCAAUACAACACUGAGGACCCCCAAUAUUGACCAGUUGGCACAGGAGGGGGUGAAGCUGACCCACCACAUCGCUGCAGCGAGUGUCUGCACUCCCAGCAGGGCAGCAUUUCUCACUGGACGAUACCCGAUUCGAUCAGGUGUAGCUGGUGACGGCAAAGUUAGUGUCUUCAUAUUCAAUGCGGCAUCUGGAGGUCUUCCCAGCCAAGAGGUUACCUUCGCUAAAAUCGCCAAACAACAAGGCUAUGAGACAGCUCUUAUUGGAAAAUGGCACCUAGGACUGAACUGUAAGAGCAGUGAUGAUCACUGCCACCACCCCAGCAUCCACGGCUUUAACUAUUUCUUCGGUAUCCCCUUGACGAACCUGCGAGACUGCAACCCUGGACACGGCAGUGUGUUCCAACUGCAUAAAUAUGUACCAUAUAGGACACUGGCCAUUGUCUUGGUCACUGCAGCCUUACUCCACUACAUCGGCAUCAUCACCAUCCCUAGAGGGCUCAUUCUGAGCCUGCUGUCUCUGUUGGUCGUGGUCUCAGGUCUGAUAGCAGGAUUUAUCAUGAUUAUCCCAUACUUCAACUGUGUUCUCAUGAGGGACCACAGAGUUGUGGAGCAGCCGUUCACAUCUGAAAACCUAACACAGAGGAUGACUCAUGAGGCAGUGGACUUCAUAGAGAGGAACUCGGCAAGACCCUUCCUCCUGUUUUUCUCUUUCCUCCAAGUGCACACGGCCAUGUUCACUUCAUCAGCGUUCAGAGGAACAAGCCGUCAUGGCAUCUAUGGAGACGCUGUUCAUGAAGUGGACUGGAGUGUAGGUCAGAUCAUGCAGACUCUGGACAGACUCAAACUGAGAGAAAACACUCUGGUUUAUCUGACGUCUGACCAGGGAGCUCACCUGGAGGAAAUAUCUGCCAGAGGGGAGGUCCACAGAGGAUGGAAUGGAAUAUAUAAAGCAGGGAAGUCCACCAAUUGGGAGGGAGGGAUCAGGGUCCCAGGAAUUUUGCGCUGGCCAGGGAACAUCCCCGGUGGCAGGGAGGUAGACGCGCCCACCAGCAACAUGGACCUGUUUCCUACGGUGGUGCAGCUGAGCGGAGCUUCAGUCCCAGAGGACAGGGAGAUAGACGGUCAUGACCUCAUGGAUUUACUUCAGGGGAGGGCCAAAAGGUCAAACCACGAGUUUCUUUUCCAUUACUGCAACGCCUACUUGAAUGCAGUCAGAUGGCAUCCUCAAAACAGUAGCUCAGUGUGGAAAGCCUUUUACUUCACACCAAACUUCUACCCGGAGAAUGAGACGGCCUGUUUCCACACACAUGUCUGCUUCUGCACGCCGGACUCCGUGACCUACCACGAUCCCCCACUGCUCUUUGAUCUCUCAACCGACCCGUCAGAGACCACGCCGCGUACUCCUGACACCGAGCCGGCCUUUCACUCCAUCCUGGCCGCGAUUGAGGGAGCUGCGGAGAGGCAUCGGAGGUCGGUGAAGCCUGUGGAGAGCCAGCUAUCUGCACAGAACGUGAUGUGGAAGCCCUGGCUGCAGCCCUGCCGCUCCACACUCAGUCAGCUCUGCCAGCAGCAGCAGGAUGAGUAGGGUGCUGUCGCUUACGACAGAAGAUAAGUCCAGACUGUCCAAACAGCAUAUCUAACUAUCUUUCUGUUCAGGAGUCGGCCUGUGAGCUAAUUCGUACUGACACUUUUAGUAAAUACUGCUUUAAACAUUGUUGUGAUUCAUUAUGAAAGACGAUCCUGUGUCAUAAUUACAGUGUGAGAGGUAAAUUGACAUCACAAAGAGAGUAUAUUAGGCCAAAAGCAGUUUACAGAUGUAUGCUUGUAUCAUUUGAGGAGGUGGUUACAGAUGAGAAAGAAAGCAGCUUGGUUGAUUCGGUAAGAAAAGUCCAGUAUUCGACACUUCACCCACGAGGAGAGCAGAGGCCGUCAGAUGUUGUCAAGACUCUUUAGGACAAACAUAGGUGAUCUCUCUAGGUAUUAUUGAGCCAAGGAUUUUUUCAUAUUUUAUAGCCCAUAACUCCACAGUUGGCCUUGGACCACAAUGUUGACUGAAUCCAACUUGCUCUUAUGUGUCCGCUUGCGUUCCUAACGCUGUUGCUGGGCUGGCUGUGGAGGUUCGAUCCUGCAGUCUACAUGUCGAAGCGGCCUUCUGCAAGAAAGAGCCACAAUUUGGUCCCCAUGCUGUGCCGGUGUGAGUGUGCAUCAAUGUUUAUCACUACUGACGAGCAGGUGGCACUUUGCAUGGUAGCCUCUGCUACCUGUGUAUGAAUCUAUGUGUGAAUGGGUGAAUGCUGACUUGGAACAACAACUGGAACAAUUGUGGAACAUUUUGUAACACAGUACAUAAGCCAUGUUUUAGCCAGCAGUAUAUUUUUAGUUUGAAACCAGCAUACAGUGUCUGGACCAGAGCUGGACCACAGCCUUUUACAGUGAUUUUUGUAAAUUUAUUGUGCCGAGCAGACUGGGCCAGAUCAACCUGAUUUAUGCUUGAUCUGAGAGUCAUGCUGUGUACUGGCUGUGCAACUGGGCGUAGAUACACAAACAAGCUUCCCAAGUAUGGGCCUGAUCAGUUUUGCUGUCUGAUGGUGAAAUCAGUCAUUUGGAUUUAAUUUUUGAAUGGUUUGUAUAUUGGUGUUAAUUGUUACUUAAUAAUCUUACAAGGUGUCUUGAUAUUCACAUAAUAAUGGUGUAUUUUGCACUUACUUACACUUAUUGAUCACCGGGACUGAUGGAAUGUGUAGAAAUAAUUUGCCUUGUAUUAUGCACUGAUAUGUUGUACUAAUUGUAUCCAAUGUAUAAUAUGCACUAUGCA